AUGGACAAGCCGCAGCCGCCGACACCAACGUACAAGAACAUCCCCGGGGUAACGGUUGCAGAUUCUUCACCCCGAUCUAGUGGACAAUAUUCUCCCCCAGUGCCUCGCAAGCGGUCCGAAAUUUCUCUCGACAAGCCUUCUGAUCCGCAUCGACUAUCACGAAAGAUGUCCGCGCCAUCACUGGUUGCACAAGCGGCGGAUGCCCGCGAGAUCAUCAAGCAGUUCUUUAAGACGUUCCCUAACCCACGAGACCGAAUGGAUAUCGAUCCACAGCUUAUGUUGAUGACCAAAACCGACAAUACAGUGGUCAGAACCAUGAAGCGCCAAAUAUGGGAACUCACUGGUGAUGGAAAGCGACAAGAAUUGCCAGUCAACCAGGAGUAUGUGCUGUACGAGGGAAGCAUGUAUCUAUGUGUACAUCUUUUCGAAGCACAGAACAACAAGAACUCGGAAGUAUAUCUCUGGUGUGGAGACGACGUUUCGGAAGGUGCACAGGAUGAUGCGCAGCUUUUUGCUCGCAAAAUCGCCCGCGAAAAUAGCUGCAAACUCGAGGUCAUUCGUCAGGGCAGGGAACCCAUGCGAUUCAUACAAGCCCUCGGAGGGAUUAUCAUCACCCGCCGUGGGUCUAGUUCUCGAUCCAACUCGUCAGCUCUGUAUAUGCUCUGUGGCCGGAAGCAUCUGGGCCAAAUGGCAUUCGACGAGGUAGACUAUUCGCUGCGCAAUCUCUGCUCCGGUUUCCCAUUCGUCAUUUCAGCCCCCUUUGGUAAGUUAUAUUUAUGGAAGGGCAAGGGAAGCAGCCCCGAAGAAACCGGUGCCGCACGUCUGAUCAGCAUGGACCUUGGCCUGACAGGCGAGUUCGAGGAAGUUGAUGAGGGCCAGGAGCCGGAGAGCUUCUUCGAUGACUUCGCAGGCUCCAACGAGCCGAAUCCGCUCAUGACCUCAGAGUACUGGCAACUCAAGCCUAAAUACGAUCACUUCCGCACUCGUCUUCUCAAGGUGGACCAUGAAAUGGGCCAGCCGCCUCGUUUUUGGAUGCGACGUCCGGGCUCGAGCUCACCGGUUGUUCGGCCAAAUGAUACGGUGCGAGAAAUCGAACCUUUCUGUUACAAGAAUAUCACCGAGCGAGAUGUCUUCGUUCUUGAUACUUUCUUUGAGAUCUAUGUGAUCGUGGGUGACCAUGCGUCUCAGAAGUCGGCCGAUUUUGCCUCUGCAGUUGUUUUUGCGCACGAGUACGGCAUCCUAGCCGCAUCCCUUCAGGAUCGACCAUUCAUUCCGAAGAGCUUCAUUUCACUGGGCGGUGCUCCAGAUCGUUGCCAAAGCGCCUUCCGCAAAUGGAACCAGCAUUCUCUCCAUGCUCCCUGUGUGUUCCCCUUGGACGUGGCGAUCGAGGCUAUUCGAUCUCCGGAUCGGGCGUAG